UGAGCCUCCCGGCAGACUCGACACGCUAUUAAACGCAUCCCGAACUCCUCUCCUUAAUUCCAUUCGCAAUCCUCUAAGCCUUGGACGGUCCAACAGUACGUGGACGAUCGUUUGUUGCGCGCCGCAUACGUACUGAUCAUCUUCGCAAAAGUUGAGAGCCUUAGAGUAGGUGAUAACCAAUUACGGCCCGUGGCGCAGCUAGGUCAGCAGGCGCGCCCAGUUCCUGGGCAGACACAGCACCUUCAAACAUCUUAGGAAGCCCUCAGGCACAUCUCAAACAGAGUUUAAAACUAUCCCUUGUGGCAGGGAUUAUUCAGCACAAGAUUUUCUGUUCAUAAAAUCGCUCCAUCAUGGCUGAUGUUGCCGGACUCGUCCUUGGUGUCGCCGCGCUCUGGAAAACCUGCGUCCAGGUCUACGAGGUCGUCGACUCGGCAAGACAGUAUGGCAUGGAAUACGAGCUCCUCAACGUCAAGUUCGAAGUUGAGCGUGUCCGCCUGCUGUGUUGGGGCGAUGCCGUCGGCCUCAGCGGUGUGCGUGCGGACCCGCGGUUGUACCGUGAAGACGUGCGCGGCGCCGUGUUUCGUCUGCUCGGUUGCAUCCAGCAUGUGUUUGAGAACACCGACCGCCUGCAGGGCUACUACGGUCUGCAGCCUCUCGACCCCGCUCUGGCUCCGGGCGAAGGACAAAUUGUUCCAUCGCAGAGCCAGCGCAUCCUGGGUGGGGUGUUCAAGCGCGCGUACGACAACCUGCGCCGAAUGGCGCGCGAGCGGCAGCGAGGCACCACCCUGGCACGCAAGGCCAUCUGGGCGGUGCGCGACUGCAAGAAAUUCGAGGUUCUUGUCACCGAGCUGCGCGGGUUUAACGAUAGCCUAGAGAGUCUGUUUCCCGAUGCGCAGAUGAAGAUUGCUGAGGCCAUGAGAGGCGACAUUGAUGCCGCCGUGGAAGUGCGUGAGUUGCAGCUGUUGCAAGAGGCCAUGGCUGGAGACCAUGUGGGGCUUUCGGAACAGGCCAGCGUGCGGCUUGAAGCGCUCGGUGCAACCGUAUCCGCCAGGACCGAGUUGCUUUCCGGAACUGGCGAUGAUAGGGAUAGCCAGACGACCGCCAAGGAUGUCGCGGCACAGGAGCCGGAAGAAGCUGAUGAAGAAAUACCGCUAGGCGGUCGACAGGGUGGGGCACAAGUGCCAGCUACGGAAGCCGCGCCAGAGAUGGACGAGCUGUCUAAAAGACUGAGGGAGGUCGAGUUGUAUGUGCAAAAGAGGAGCGUCGGGGCCUUAACCGUUAGUCUCAUAGGGCCCUACUAUGGGGCGCACGUGUCCGGCCAUGUGUAUUGGGAUGGUCACAAGCAAGAGAGAGACUUCCUUUACUGGGAGGAUAGAGACAAAGGCUUUGUAUCGACGAAUCACGCGUCAUUUGAGAUGUAUAAGAAGAGGAAAUUUAUGAAGAAGUGGUCACGAGAUAAGUAUGAGUCGCUCGACUCUGAGGAUUACUCAUUGCUUGACCCCGAGAGCCACGCCAAGUAUGAGAACAUCAACCCUGGAACUGUCACUGUGGAAGGCUACGGACUGGAGUGUUGGGACUUUGAGGAGACUAAACCUAGGGAGAACUCAAUCAUAGUGAACUAUGCCGACCUUCCGGUCUUGCCCGCUAGGAAGCUACUGCGCAGGCUUAACGAGCUGCAAAAACAUCAAGUCAAGUUUGGAUGGAGCCCAACUAAGGAGGAGCUCGAUCUAAAAGAGUUUGUUGGAAGUAUGGGGUACGUUGACAUCCAACGUGUGUUCAUGUUUCCACGCUGGGCUCAACUGACUACAUUUUCAACAGGAUCGUGUACUACGACCAGAAAGCUGCACAGGAUCCAGACCGCAGGAUUGGCGACCUGUAUAGCCUACUUAACCGCACAGAUAUCUUCGCCGACUUUACAACUACAUCAAGCGUCGGGACCCAGUGGGUAGCCCCGACUGACGAUGUGCAUAUUGGGCGUUGGAACUUUUUGCGGCAGGUCAUUAUAGGAAGGGAGCUGGCAGUCCGGUUGAAAUACCGGCGAGGAUCGGGCUCGCACACAGGCUUCACGAAUCGGAUCCUGGCAACACUUAUUAUCUCGGAAUUGUGGUUGAAGAAUGUUGAGAUCAUCCUCACUGAUGCGAAGCCGUCACUCGACGGGAUCAAGAAGCCGGUGGCGCCGGCGGAAA